AUGAUCCACAAAGAAGUUGCCGUUGAAGCUUUGUGCGCACUUUGCAAUGCCAAUGUAACUACUGAUAAAAACAUAUCACAAUCUGGGGAUUCUGGAGAUGGCUGUGAUGGAGGAGCAGCAUGGGAGCACCUGCACAUCAAUAAUUUCAUCCAUUCAGUCUUGAAGGGAAAUGAAACCUGUCCGGUGUCAAGAUCCCACUUUGUCCAGCUCCGAAGCAUCUUGCAAGGUGAUGGACCGGCAACAGACUCUGCCCCAGAGAACCACGUGGAUAUUGAAAGAGUAUUCGAAAGAAAUCACUUCAUCAACGAAGAUGAAUUCUUUCAUCCAGGAUUCGACUAUGAUUUCACCAAUUUGAAAGACACCGAGACUUAUUACAGAGGUGGAGAGGUGUAUCAACGCCCAUGUGGAUGGCAGCGUUUUGCCCUCAAGGUCCUGGAUAAGUAUGAUGAAAAUACCUGGCUGGGAAACCGAUACCGAAGCACAGAGUCAGUGCCAGGAGAGUGGCCUGUGUCCUACCAUGGGACAUCAAAGGCAGGUGCUGAAGGCAUCAUCGAAGGAUUCUACGAGCCAGGUGAUCGUAAGAUGUUUGGCAGGGGGAUUUAUUCUACUCCAUACAUCUCUGUAGCGGAAAUCUACAGCAAAACAUUCACCUCCAAAAAGACAGGAAAGAUGUACGAAGUGAUUCUGCAGAAUCGUAUCAACCCCAAGUACAGGGAGAAACACAACAACGACAAUUACUGGCUGGUUUCCAUCCCGGAAGGAACAUCAGUGACAGAAGAGCAUAAGAUGGUAGAAAGGGCCAUCCGUCCUUAUGGCCUCCUGUUGAGAGAGGUCUAACGGGGCGAGACAAACCCACAAAUUUGAACACUUAUUUCCUUUGCUUUAUUUUGAAAUGACAGUGGGUUUGUUGUCUUUGAAGCAUAACUAUAUCAUUGCUAGUCCAUGAAAAAUACUCUGAUGUUGUCAAAUGUAAUGUUUCAUUUGAAUAUAUAGAUGAAUGUGCU